AUGAGGCCCAGGCUCGUCCGCUCUUCACCCUUCGCCAGCUUCCUUGGCUACUCCGAGCUUGGAGUGGUGAGGGUUCUGGGCGUGGAAUGGCGGGAGGCCUGUUCGUCUAAGCUGUCAGCUGCUGCAGAUAACUUCGCGACGCAGCACAUCGUGGAGCCUUUGCUACAAGCCAUCCGAACCCCCGGAAGGAUAACGCUCGACCAGCUCGCGCAGUACUAUCUUGACAAGGGCCACUCCAGUGGGUUCACGUUGCAGGCAAAGUCAUCUGACGUCCCUUUGCCAGCUGGCUGGCGUGCCGGUGAUCAGGUCCAGGCCGAGCUUUGCUAUGCAAGGCUGCAGCGAGAUGCUUACUUGGCGGAAUCUGUGGCUGAGAGGUUGCUGGUCGAUUUCCAGAGCAAGUGCUUCUCCUGGCGCGAAAGCCCAUCGGACAUUGCCAAGGGAAGCUUUGCACAUUCCAGCAUCGCACCGCCAGAAGUAUCCCCACUUCCAAAAGCAUGGCCCGGUUGGUCCAGAUUCAAGGCCUGCUUCACCUGGAGGGAGGCCAGCGUCGAGGAAAGCCAGGGCGAGGCCUUCAGGGGGUAUUGUUGCGGAAGCAAUACGCACAUCUAUGCGCAAGUGGAAGGCAAGUGGUUCCACAAGCCUUCUGAAAUGGUUGAGGUGGAGGGUCCACGUGGCUGGUGUAGGACAAGUCGGACGAUUGAGGAUCAGAGUGCAUGGGAGCGGCCAAUCGUGACACCGGCUGCUGUCUUCUUCGAUUGUGAGCUGUGCUUAGUUGAACGCCACUACAGCAGAAUGAAGGCGUAUUCCGAAAGGUGCGAUCUUGCAAUGAAGCUUCGGCACCUCUUAGAUGGCGAGGUGCUGGCAGCUGCGAUUCGCAUCGUACGGUCACGAAGAAGCGACACUCACCAGCACGACUAG